UUGUCACCCAAGAUUGAAGAAUCUGAGUACCUACCUAACGAAAUCUAAAUUUUGUUCUCUAUUAAUUUAUUAAAUACGUUAAAUUCUUAAAAAUUGAAACAAUAUAUGUUGCGAUACCUUCUGGUUAAAUAGAAUACUUUAUUAAAAUGCCUGACACAUCGGUUUUACCAAAAAAGUUCUCAGAAGGCCCGCAUGGUUUAGGCGAUCCUGACGAUAAGAGUUUAAGGAAAGUAGAAAUUGAAGUAGUUAUACCAAAGCUUGUGAGAGAGAAAGCAAGAGCAGAAAAAUGCGUCAAAGAAGUUGAAGAGUUUAACAAUUGUUGCAAAGCGUCAUCUGUUUUUAUGGUGGUAAAGUGUAGAGAUGAAAAUUCGACGCUAAAAUCAUGCCUUACAAGCUGGUAUGAAAAUCAGGAGUUUAGACAAAUAUGCACUGCUCAAUAUUUAAAUGAAAGAAGUGAAUUCAGAAGAACUGGGAUAAAAAAGCCUAUGAAGCGAGCAUAGAUAGCUAAGGAUUAAAAUUGUUAGUAGUAUAAGUAAAUAAAAUCUGGUUUAGUUAA